GAAAGCAUUCAUAAGGUCUCCAGCUUACCCCGGAACACAUCAUAUUUUCAAACCGUGUGUUCGAUUUCUGAACUCAUCUCUCUCUCUCACCAUCCAUCCGUCUUCCUUUCUUUUCCCUUCCCUUCCUUCCUUCUUUCUUUCUUUCCUCACCUUCGCUUGUCCCUACUUCCCGCUCUCUCUUUCUCUCUUCUACAUACCCUCUCCUUCCCCCGAACCUCGUGCUUGCCGGCAUUCUGCUUCGCUUCUCGUGCUAGCUCAUUGAAUUAUACUGUGCUGUGCCAAAGUCGUCCACUCCGAUACCAUCUCGUGAGGAUUCUGAUACCGUCUCGUGGCGCAUGCUUGCGCGUUCGCUGGGGCCUCGGAGUGUCCAGACUCCAAAGAUAUCUGACUGACUUCGUCUUAUUUUCUCUUUUAUCGAGCGUCAGUAGAUGGGGAGGCAAAAAGCUGUCCGUUCUCUGCUGGGGAAGAGAACAUUAAUCUGGGGUCAAGUUCUCACACUUUGCCAAUGGAAGAGAGCAUGAACUUGUGGUGGGGUUUCUUGUCCCUCUCGAGCACGCGGUCCGUCUCUAUCUCUCGGCACUUGAAACACCGUACAGAUUGAAACAGGCGUCAAAUGACACAACUUCUUUUCAAGCACGCGCAGUCGGACCAAUUCUUACUGUUCCGCGGUGGGAAGGGGUUAGCCAAUUCGCCGCACUCUCUUGCUGAGGACGACCUCCUCGAGUUCUCGAUUUACAGGGAUUAGAACAAAAAACCUGCCCCAAAUGUUAUAAUGCUUCAGCCUACGGCAUCAGGAUGACCGACAGAACUGACAUAGGGCAGAAUUAUCUUCGAGUGCGUUCCAGCAAUCUCGAACCUAGCACCGUCUUAUUCGUAGUUAAGUACAAGUUUCAAACAUUGGCGAGGAGGUGUCAUCGGCGAUCGACGUCCGAACCCGAUAACCAUAGGAUACGAUUCUGCUGAAUGCAUGGGGGGUGAAAAAUAUUAUCGAUAUUCAUAUUCGAUUUCUUUCAGUGCUGCGAAAUUCGGGCGAGAUAUAUAUACUCAUAUAUAUAUUUACACAUAUAUUUCGCUAGUUUUUCUCACAGCUGCUCUAGCUAGUCUCAGGAGUACAGCAGAUGCCUGUGGCGUGAAUAUCUUUGCUAGUGGAGUAAUUAGAGCAGAAUUUUCUAGAGGGCUUGAAGGAAACUGAGGUCGAUCCUCAAAGUCCGACUGUAGGAUCUGUCGGUCUAGUCUAUGCGCAUUCACCUACAAUUUCUUGUGUUCAGCGUAAAUUUUUCUCAACUCUGGGGACAAAACAUCAGCUCGACAGUAUAUAUCGUGCAGUUUCCAACUUGAAUUGGCAGCACAUUGUGGCCACUUUUCAACCGUGGUUUGAAAAGGUGCCUACAUGCUGCCUUGGGCUGAGACAUGUCCUUCAUGCAAGCUGAGCAGCAACCCUCUCCCUGGAUCAAAGACCUGGUGCAUAAACUAAAAUGGACCUACGCUGCUCUAUGGACGCUGAACACAACAGAUGGUUCCAGGCCGCUAAUUGGUAUCGACGCAGCCCAUACAGUUGCGGAAUGGAAGGAUGGAUGGUACAAUUCGGACUCGAAUAGGUUGACUAGAGCGCUAUCUGGAAACGAGAACGUAGUUAGAGACGAUUCACGAAUCGAAGCGUUGUUCUACUCCACUUAUAAAUCGUGCUCCUUUCAGCAAGGAUUCGGAUACGUCGGGCUCGUACUGCUUAAAAGAGAAAGCACCUGGCUGACUGGCAGCCAGGAGGUCCUCGAACACGCGUUUCAUACCCAAGCUCUCUUCUUGAAGACGGCACGUAUUCAGACAGUGAUGUGCACGCCUUGGAACAACCACGUACUGGAGCUGGGAAAAUUCGAACAGGAGUCGAGGAACGAAAAUGUCCUGCAUCAGAUUCAGCGAUGGCUCUCGAGCGUGACGACGCCUCUCAAUAUUCAGCCCAGUCCCGGUGCAGUGGGUUCAGAAAACGACAGCGGAGGAAGUCGUGAAGCCAUGCAGAUGUCUCCGUCGAUCGCUUCGUCGAUGUUUGCCGAUGGCUCCAAUUGCAACGUGCACUUCGGGCCGUCAUCUGAUAUUUUGCUCAAGCGCAAUAAUUCCGGCCAAGGCAGCGGCGCGGGCGGUUUCUCGGUGUCGGGCCAUGAGAACGCCUCCGCCUCCAGCGGUGCCCCGGGCGCUGGGAGUCGAGUGCAAGUGCAGGUGCAGGUGCGCAAGAAGAAUGGCCUUGGCAGGUAUCCCCCGCACUCUCACGAUGCCAUCUCGCUGCUCAAUCGACAUAAUCAGGACGUGCUGUCGCAGAGAAGGUCGAUUUCCGGACAGGAGAAGACUUUGGAGGCCUCAUCCUUUGUAGAGGAAUGGGGGCCGGCGGCAGCUGGAACGAGUAGUAUAUUCCAACAGGUGGUCGGGCAUGAUUCAGAUCCUAUCAUCAGUUGCAGUGGCAUGGGCAUACCAGGAAUUUCUUCGCUCAUGCCGCCCGAUACGUUCUCGCAGCAGCAGCAGCAACAGCAGCGCUCUCAUCCGAGAGGAGCCGCGAGCAUUUCCUUGGACCAGGCUUUGCUCACGUCAUUGCCCAUGACAAUGGCAACCGACAUUUCGGCAUCCUUGGCGCUCCCCAUGGACAUGUUACAGGACUCGGCCGCAAAUCUUUACGGUUUGCACUCGAAGAAUUCCAGAGAAUGGCCCACAUUGGAACCCAGCAAAGAGCAGUCUCUUGUACAGAUGCUUGAAGAGUUUACCGAUGACGACCAUUUACAGCGGCUUCAAUCGCCAGAUCAUGCUCUAAUCCAAACUGCAGUCGCUAGCUCCAGCGACACUAUGGCCGAAUGGGCCUCGACUGGGACAGCCUCGAUAUCCCAUCAACAGCAGCAUCAUCGUCAUUACGAUCACCACACUCAACAAAGACUUCAACAGCAGCAACGCCAGCAGCAGCAGCAACAACAACAACGAGUUGUCCAGCGACAAUUUGAAUUUCCUAAUAAUCCUGCUGUGAGCAGCUUACAAAAUAUGACAACUCCGAGACCGGCGCUGGCCAAUCUCAUCUCUCACCAGCAGCAUCAGCACCAGCCGCAGCAACACCGGCCGCAAUUGGUCCCGCAUGGUGGUGGACAACAGCCACAAUUGCUCCCCCUAGGCCAGCAGCAGCAGCAACAACAGGUAAAUCAACCAGGUCCUCCGAGUUGGCAACAAAACAUUUCCUUCACCACGCCGACGGCUUGGGUGCGAUGGGUGAGCCGAAAGCAAGCAUCACUGUUGCGAUACAAAGCUCGAGAUCCCAACGGCGCGAGUCCUGCUGCGCUGCGCGUCAAUCAAAUGGUUCUCAAAAGGCUGCUGACAGAAAUGGUACCGAAAAUUGCUAAGGAGCAGAAAGCGCGAGAGCAGGAAGCAGGUCAGGCACUGGACACGGAGACCUCGAGCCACGGACACAGAGUCAGAAUGAUCAGCUAUCCGACCACAACGUCGACGAAGCCUUCUGAAUCCGGCACCCUCAUCCAAGACCCUCAAGCAAGGACCCACAUGCUGGCCGAGCGCAGACGAAGAGUGAGGGAAAACGAACAUUACGACGCUCUGCGCAAACUAAUUCCUCCCACCUCAAGGAUGGACAAGGCAACGGUUCUGGCCGAAACCAUCAAGCUCGUGAAAAAGCUCCGGAGACGUGUGGGGCAAUUGGAGAAGGGAAACCCCGACAAUAGUGGAACUCCGAACCUGUCAUUGGUCACGUCCGAGGAUUCGCAAAUCGGCACAACUUCUCCCAGUUCACGUGGGGAACCUGGAAGUCCGAUACCUGCACGUACAGGAGCCGGUUCCUCUGAACCCGAACUUCAGGAAGGAAAGCCUCCGGGUGGCAGAUUUCUCGAUUCCUGCCUCGUACCCGCUCCUGCUCCGUCACAAGAGGACAACAAGGAAAUUGUUGAGGUUGAUAGAAGAGCAUGUAUUCCGACCGAAUUGAGAGCCAAAAUUCGGACCUCGCACCGGCCCGACACUGUCAUUCACAUACUCACAUGCUUGAAGGACCUUGGUCUAGAAGUCCUAUCAACCAACAUAAGCAUUGAAAAGGAUUGGGUUUACGCGGACUUUCAACUGAAGAUGAAUGAAGUUCACAUCUGCCGUGUAUCACAAUUCUGCGAAGAGCUUCAGGAAGCAAUACGAAAAGCUAUUUUUCCUGCAGAAUCUUCCAAUGCAGAUUCAACUCUAGAUGGAAGAUCACACUCACAGGACUCGUGACCGUUGGCUCUACCAAAUGAAGUGAUGCAACUCAGCAUGAUAAGAUGCUCUCAUAGGAAAAUUCUCGACAAUAAUCUUGUGCAGAAAAUCUGGAGCAUCGUUGGUUCGUCAUGGGUUUGUUUAGACCCGUAGACCUUGUGAGAAGCAAAUCAUGCUUUUAACCAGAUUUGGAGAAAUCCCUAGAUAGAGGUUCAGCGGUCCACCAUCACUGAGGGAGGACCAGUUAUGUAAAGCUUUGUCUCUUCGUGUAACUUUGGCUACCAUUGGCAAAUAUCUACUCAGAUCACUCAGUCUGUAUGUUUAUCUUCAAGUAAACACUGCAAUUCCUCCAAUUCAA